AUGGAAGAGGAAACAGAAUUUCUUGCGAAUGCGCUGUCCCCCAAGAGCACUGCUCCUAACCUCCAAGGCAUCUGCGAGAGCCCAGAGAAUCCUCAGGUGACUCCCCCACCAUUCCGACGGCGGCGGAGGGGCUCCAAUGCGCCAGGUUUGGGGGGUUACAUCAACAUGCUGGGGAUCCUGGAAGAUCCGCCGGCCGCCAGCUCGCCCCGGCGUGUGCUGGAGAAGCCCUUCCACUGCACCGACUGCGGGAAGAGCUUCUCGCAGAGCUCCAACCUGAUAGAGCACCAGAGAAUCCACACAGGGGAGCGCCCUUUCACAUGCAGCGAGUGCGAGAAGAGUUUCAGCCGCAGCAGCACCCUGGUGGAGCACCAGCGCACCCACACGGGGGAGAAGCCUUACACGUGCACUGAGUGCGGGCGGGGCUUCAGCCGGAGCUCCACCCUCACAGAGCACCAGCGCACCCACACCGGGGAGACCCCCUUCCCGUGCCGGGAGUGCGGGAAGGCCUUCAGCCGCACCUCCAACCUGGUCAAGCACCUGCGCACCCACUCCGGUGAGAAGCCCUACACGUGCGCACUCUGCGGGAAGCGCUUCUCCCUCAGUUCCAAUCUCCUGAAGCACGAGCGCACCCAUUCGGGGGAGAAGCCCUUCCCUUGCGCCCUCUGCGGGAAGCGCUUCAAGAAGAAGACCCACCUGCUCUCCCACCACCGGGUGCACACCGGGGAGCGGCCUUACCGGUGCGAGCAGUGCGGGAAGUGCUUCUCCCAGAGCUCCAUCCUCAUCGAGCACCAGCGGAUCCACACCGGCGAGAAGCCCUACAAGUGUGCGGACUGCGGGAAGGGCUUCUGCGUGAGCUCCAACCUCAUCAAGCACCAGAGAAUCCACACGGGGGAGAAGCCGUACACCUGCUUGGCCUGCGGGAAAGAUUUCCGUUACAAGCCCCAGUUCACCCGUCACCAGAAACAGAUGCAUUCGGGAGAGGGCGAACCGGUCACCCCUCUCACUGGUGGCCCCUGGGCAGAGACACCGGCUCUCUUACAAGCAUAG